AUGAAGGGCGCUCUCUGCUGGGCCGUUGCCGGCUUACAGCCUCUCCUCUCCGCGGCCUUGACCAUCGCCGAGAUCAACGGCAACAAGUUCAUCUCGUCCUACAACGGCAAGACCGUCAGCGACGUCACCGGUCUCGUCACUGCCAAGUCCUCCGCCGGCAUCUACAUCCGCUCGACCACUCCCGAUGACGACGAGGCCACUUCCGAGUCCAUCUACGUCUUCAGCAGCACCAUCGGCAAGACCGUCAACGUCGGCGACAUCAUCACCUUGGGCAGCGCCAAGGUGUCCGAGUACAGGUCUUCCAACACGUACAUGCACCUGACCGAGCUCACCAACCCCACCGGCAUCACCGUCGUUUCCAGCAACAACACCGUGACUCCUCUCGUGAUCGGCAAGGACACUCUCUCUCCUCCCACUGAGCAGUUCACCAGCCUGGACGGAGGUGACAUCUACAGCGUCCCCAACGCUCAACAGAACAUUUCCGCCGUCAACCCUGUCCUGAAGCCGGCCGAGUAUGGCCUCGACUUCUGGGAGUCUCUCACCGGCGAGUUGGUCACCGUCAAGGCGCCCACCGCCCUCAAGAUCCCCAGCAGCUACCGCGACACCUGGGUCAUCGGCGACUGGAAGGUCACCGGCAAGAACGACGCCGGUUCUCUCACCAUGAGCGCCAAGGACUCCAACCCCGAAACAAUCAUCAUCGGCGCGCCCCUCGACUCCACCAAAAACCCCACCACCACCAAGCUCGGCGACGCCCUCGAAGACAUCACGGGCGUAGUCACCAACACCUUCGGCUUCUACACCAUCCUGCCCCUGACCGCCCUCAAAAUCAAGUCCCCCUCCCCGCUCUCCCCGCCCCCCACCACUCUCGUCUCCUCCAAAUCCUGCAAGGGCCUAACAGUAGGCACCUACAACGUCGAGAACCUGGCGCCCACAUCCGCCCACAUGCCCAAGGUCGCCUCGCAAAUCGUCACCUACCUUAAAAGCCCGGACCUGCUGUUCAUCCAGGAAGUCCAAGACGACGACGGCGCCACGGACGACGGCGUCGUGUCAGCUAACAAGACUCUCACCACUUUGAUUUCGGCGAUCAAAUCCGCCGGUGGACCGCAGUAUGACUACGUCACCAUCUCCCCAUUAAAUGACGAAGACGGCGGCCAGCCAGGUGGAAACAUCCGUACUGCUUACUUGUACAACCCGUCCAUGCUCAGUCUCAAAAACGGCGCCACCGCUGGGUCCAGCACGGAUGCGAACGAGGUUAUUGUUGAUGCUGAAACCGGCCAGCCGAGCCUCAAGUUCAACCCGGGCCGCGUGGACCCCUCCAACGCAGCAUGGGAAGCUACGCGCAAGCCGUUGGCGGCGGAGUGGAUUGCCAAAGACGGGAAGAAGUCGUUUUUCACGGUGAAUGUGCAUAUGAGCUCCAAGGGCGGCGGGUCAAGUGUGCAUGGCGAUGUGAGGCCGCCGGUUAAUGGCGGGGUGGAGAAGAGGACUGAGCAGGCUGAGAUUACUGCUUCCUUCAUCUCCAAGAUCCUCAAAGCCGAUCCCGCCGCCCGCGUCAUCGCCGCCGGUGACUUCAACGAGUUCGCCUUCGUCAAGCCUUUGACUACUUUUGCUUCGGUGUCGGGGCUGAAGGAGCUUGAUGAGGCUUUGAACACUCCUGUUGAGAACCGGUAUACUUACUCCUACGACAUGAACGCCCAAGCCCUUGACCACAUGUACAUCUCCCCUGUUCUUGCCUCCUCCAAGAGCAAGUUCCAGCACAUCCACGUUAGCUCGUGGGUGACUGCUUCUGCUGUCGUUUCGGACCACGAUCCUAGCGUUGCGCUGUUCGAUGUGUGCGGAUGCGCGGACUCGCAGAAGAGGGUUCAUAAGCUUUAA